CAUCCUCCAUUCUCCGUCGCGCCUCCCUCCCGUCAAUUGAUUUUACUCGGGCUCCGACCUUGGUAAAGCCCUAGCUAGCUACCGACUCGGAGGUCACCGGCGAGAUGACGAGAACCAGGAAGCGAUCACGAAGGGACGAUUCCGAACCAACCAACGCCGGUGACACGUCUCCAGACGAUGCCGCUCCUCAACCCUCCACUACUAUUCACGCUGCCGAGUCUCCUCCCGCCGCCGCCAACGGCGAUGCAUCUCCUCGCCGUGGCAGGGGGAGGCCUAAGAAGUCCUCGAAACGCAAGGAUAGGGUGGCGGAACCUAUGUCCCCUGAGUCGGAGAGGCGGCUGACUCGGCAGCAGCAGGCCGCCGAGCAGAAUGGACACGUGAACAGCUCCGUUGGUCCUGGCCCUGAGUGGGAGACUGUGGUUCGAGUGGUUCCGGCCAUGGAUGCUGUCGUGAAGGUGUUCUGUGUUCAUACGGAUCCGAAUUUCUCGCUUCCCUGGCAGCGGAAGCGGCAGUAUAGUUCAAGCAGCAGUGGGUUUAUCAUUGGUGGAAGGAGGGUGCUGACAAAUGCGCACUCCGUGGAGCAUCACACCCAGGUGAAGCUCAAGAAGAGGGGUUCUGAUACUAAGUACUUGGCUACUGUUUUGGCCAUUGGAACCGAAUGUGAUAUUGCAUUGUUGACUGUCAAUGAUGAUGAGUUUUGGGAGGGUGUUACACCUGUCGAGUUUGGAGAUUUGCCUGCACUUCAAGAUGCUGUGACUGUUGUAGGCUACCCCAUCGGGGGUGAUACAAUCUCUGUGACAAGUGGUGUUGUUUCCCGUAUAGAGGUACUGUCUUACGUCCAUGCGACUACCGAGCUUCUAGGACUGCAGAUAGAUGCAGCUAUAAACUCUGGAAACUCUGGCGGGCCUGCAUUCAACGACAAGGGAAAGUGCGUUGGCAUUGCAUUUCAGUCUUUGAAACAUGAUGAUGCUGAAAAUAUUGGCUAUGUCAUACCGACACCAGUUAUCAAGCAUUUUAUUGGUGAUUAUGAGAAGAAUGGGGUUUAUACAGGAUUCCCUGUUCUUGGGAUUGAGUGGCAGAAGAUGGAAAAUCCUGAUUUGAGGGUAGCAAUGGGAAUGGCAUCUGAUCAGAAGGGUGUCCGUGUUAGAAGAAUUGAGCCAACUGCUCCAGAAUCUGAAGUCUUAAAGUCAUCUGAUAUUCUCCUUAGCUUCGAUGGGGUAAAGAUAGCAAAUGAUGGAACAAUUCCUUUCAGAGAUGGAGAACGCAUAGGAUUCAGUUACCUAGUUUCUCAAAAAUACACUGGUGACAAGGCUUUGGUGAAAGUUUUGCGUGAUUCUAAAGUACUUGAGUUCAAGAUCAAACUUCAACCACACAAGAGGCUCAUUCCAGCACACAUAAAUGGAAAACCUCCUUCCUAUUACAUUGUUGCUGGAUUUGUUUUUUCUGCUGUAUCAGUUCCAUAUUUGCGCUCAGAGUAUGGAAAGGACUAUGAAUAUGAAGCUCCAGUGAAGCUAUUGGACCGGCAUAUGCAUGCAAUGGCUGAAUCUCCAGAUGAACAGCUAGUUGUUAUCUCACAGGUACUUGUUGCUGACAUCAACAUUGGAUACGAGGAUAUUGUCAACACCCAGGUUAUUACGUUUAAUGGGAAACCUGUGAAGAACCUGAAGAGCUUGGCGAACAUGGUGGAAAGCUGCAAGGAUGAGUAUUUGAAGUUUGAGUUAGAAUACCAACAGGUAGUGGUUGUAAAAACAGAGACGGCGAAGGCUGCAACAUUAGAUAUCCUUGCAAUGCAUUGCAUACCUUCGGCAAUGUCUGAUGAUCUGAAGCCGUGAAAGAGAAAAGCAGUGGAAUUUGGCUUGUCAUGGUAAACAAUGAUGUUGGUAUGUACCAUUCAUCCCCUCCCUUUUCCUCCCUUUUCUUUUGCCUAGGAAGCUGGGAUAGCUAGUUUCGGGCCUAGGUGGUGUUACUUGUUUCUGAAGCCACACUAUCUUCUUAGAAUGCAGAUGAGAUACAUGACUAAUUGAGAUAGUAUCUUAUGUUGUUCACAUCUCUACAGAGGAAAAUAUAAUUGGAUUUUAACA